CCAGUCAGAGAUUUCGCGGGUCGUCAAGGAAGUAGGGGUUGCUAAGGGCGCCGGGGAGCUGUGAUCUGUGACGGACUUGUGGCGGAAGUUGUUGGACAGGAAACUUCCGGUUGUCAGUGCUACCGCGAACUAUCUAGAGAACCAUGUCUGCCGUUUUCCAGGGAUACGAGCAGGACUAUGGAGUCCUCACCGCCGACAUCACCAACCGCAUCGGCAAGAUCCCCAAACUGGCCGGGGGUGAGUCAGAGGAGAAGAAGCAGAUGGUGAUGAAUGUGGAGAAGCAGCUGGAAGAAGCCAAAGAGCUGCUAGAACAGAUGGACCUGGAAGUUCGGGAAAUCCCAGCUCAGAGCCGUGGGAUGUACAGCAACCGUAUGAGGAGCUACAAACAGGAGAUGAGCAAACUGGAGGCUGACUUUAAAAGGUCACGGAUCGCCUACAGUGACGAAGUGCGGAAUGAGCUACUAGGGGAUGAUGGGAAUUCCUCGGAGAGCCAGUUGAUAAAAUUACGGGAAGAGAGGGCACAUCUUCUGGAUAACACAGAGAGGUUGGACAGGUCGUCGCGGAGGCUAGAGGCCGGAUAUCAGAUAGCGGUGGAGACUGAGCAAAUUGGACAGAAUAUUUUGGAGAACCUGAACCAGGACCGGGAGAAGAUCCAGAGAGCAAGAGAGCGACUCAGGGAAACCGACACAAAUCUGGGAAAAAGCUCCAGGAUUCUGACGGGAAUGUUACGAAGGAUCAUCCAGAAUCGUCUCCUGGUGUUCGUCCUGGGAAUCAUCAUCCUUAUAACCAUCAUUCUGGCAAUUUAUUUUUCUUUCCGCGGACACUGAUUUUGUGCUCUGUGAACUGUGCGGCAGGGAUCGGAGCAUUGGGUUGCGUGCACUGAGUAAUUUAGAUGGGGUGUAACUACGUAACAUCAUCCUGCACUGACUGAGCUCUGUGGAACAAUACCCUGGAACCUCCGACAGGUGCCCUUGGCGGAACCUGUACUAGAAUUCCGUAACCCAGCGCCCUUUCCUUCCUGUCUAACUAUAACUGGGAAAAACUUCAGUUGCGAUUUAAAGGCCAACUCUGGAGCAGUAGGUUGAAUCCCAGCUGGCUUCUUCUAUCUUUUUGAGGCUCUAGUAUGUGUCACUGUCCCUCCCACACCGCCAUAAUGAAAUUCAUUCUCUUUCAGCUGUUUGUUUCACCCAAGAAGCAUAACACCAUACUAGGGUUUGUAAUGACAACAGUGGUUUGGUAAAACUGGGAAUUGCAAUGGAGAUUUUACACGAGAUACCCUGAAAGCUGUAAGAAGCCAGCAUGUGAUUCAACAUACCAGCAAUCGUGUAAACGGUUUCAAAAUCGAGUUGGCCUUUAAAUUCUCUUCUUGGUUGAUCAUCUUUAUGAACAUGAACCUGACAGCUUUGUAGAUGUGAAGUUGUACAUUUCUUUGUGAAUUUUAUCUUAUCCUGUUUUUAUUGUGCGUCGUCAAGCUUUAUGUCAGUGUCAUGCGGACCUUGUACUUAUUACUAAGAAAACAUGUUAUUUACUAAACAGAAACAAUAAAAUGUCAAAGUUCCA